AGGAGGGAGGUCUAGAGGGAAAUAUAUACUGGGGUGGAUACGGGAUAGUACGCGCCUUCAGUGCAAGUCGCACUGGUUUUACACUAAAUUCAUUGCGAAAAGUUGCUCAGAGCAGAGUCGAGGUUUAUUUCAUUCAUGCAUAAACUAAAAAGGAAAGCCGAAAACAUUUAUGAACAAAAGGAAUCAAAAUAAUUUUUGAACUUGAGGGAAAGAGAGGAAGAAAAGUUCCACCAUACCACACGGUUUUAUUUUUGAGCACAUUACGUUUGAAUGCUAUGGCACCCUCUUUGUCCCAGGCCUACAGUAGGCGCUGCUGGAUGGCGGUGACAGCGGUGCUGGAGAACCUGCUCUUCUCUGCAGUGCUGCUUGGCUGGGGCUCCCUGCUCAUCAUGCUUAAAAAUGAGGGAUUCUACUCCCACCUAUGUUUGAAGAAUGGCACGCUGAGUGCCAACGGCACUGCUAGUGAAGAAGAGCAGCACUCGGUGUGGCUCAGCUGUGUGGAGCAGGAGGAGAUGCUGAACCUGGGCUUUACCAUUGGCUCCUUCCUGCUAAGUGCUGCCACGCUACCAUUGGGCGUACUGAUGGACCGCUUCGGGCCGCGUCCCCUGCGGCUGCUGGGCAGCUCCUGCUUUGCCUUCUCCUGUGCCAUGAUUGCUGUGGCGGCAUAUAAUCCUCCGGUGCUAUCAGCUCUGAUCUUCAUUGCUGUUUCCUUUAAUGGCUUUGGAGGAAUCUGCCUCACCUUUACAUCCCUCACGUUACCAAACAUGUUUGGGAACAUUCGUUCCACCAUCUUGUCCCUCAUGAUUGGCUCCUACGCUUCGUCUGCUGUCACCUUCCCAGGCAUCAAGCUGAUCUAUGAUGUGGGUGUGCCCUUCCGGGUAAUCAUGUGGACUUGGGCAGGGUUGGCUUGCCUCGUUUUCCUCAACUGCUUCCUGAACUGGCCUGUGGAGUCAUUCCCGGACCCGGAGGAAGCCACGUACACGAAGCACAUCAAGCUGAAGGGCCUGGCUCUGGACCACAGAGUGACCGGUGAGCGCUUCCACAGCCACGUGAUGGUGGUGGGCCAGCGGCUCAGCCAGAAACACCGGGAGCUGGACCACUCCAGCGAGAGGCUGCAGGGCGCCGGCGGGCCCGGUGAGAGCAUGGAAGCACAGACGCCAGCAGGGACACGAAGGGAAGGGAAGCAUUCUAACCCUAAAGUGAGCCAUGCCUCCCCCCAAACAGUGCAAAGCACUGUCCCAUUCCGCAGGUCGGUCUGCUCCCCCAUCUUCCUGUGGAGCCUCAUCACCAUGGCGAUGACCCAACUACGCGUCAUCUUUUUUAUGGGGGCCAUGAACAAGAUGCUGGAGUUCCUGGUGACCCACGGCAGCACCUCCGAGGACCUGUUGCAGGAAGCUGAAAACCAAGUGAGCUUCUACUCCUCCCUGUUCGGCACCCUGCAGCUGCUCUGCCUGCUCACAUGUCCGCUUAUCGGUUACAUCAUGGACUGGAGGAUGAAGGAGUGUGACAGCCAGGCGACUCUGAGUGAUUCUGAUGGAGGGAAGCACCUCCCAGCUCCUCCUAAAAGGGACAGAAAGAUCCAGAAACUGACCAAUGCCAUCAGAGCCUUUAUUUUUACCAACGUGCUGCUGGUAACCUUUGGGGUCGUCUCUCUCGUGGAUAACCUGCCCUUACAGGUCGUUGCCUUUGUCCUCCACACCAUGGUCAGGGGCUUCAUUCACUCCUGCUGUGGCGGUCUGUAUGCAGCUGUGUAUCCAUCGAACCACUUCGGCACCCUGACAGGGCUGCAGUCCAUGAUCAGCGCUGUCUUCGCCCUUACCCAGCAACCCCUGUUCAUCGUCAUGGUGGGGCCUCUGCAGGGCGACCCCUACUGGAUCAACAUGGCUCUGCUGAUCUUCUCACUGACUGGCUUCUUGCUGCCUGCAUAUCUGUUCUACCACUGCAGACAUCUUGUCCUGGAGAAUAAGCAGCGAGAAGCAGUGAACCAAUCUAUGGCAGCGGACAAAGAGGCCAAUGGUCACCUCGUUCAGCAGUCUUAGGACCUGAGGGGCACGUUUAGUGACUUCAUCUAAAGUAACAACAGUCUUUUAUUACAAAAAUAAUGUUUUGAUUGUUGUAUAUGUUGGUAACUGCACCAGUACUAAUGCAAUAGUCUAAAAAGCCAAACCAGAGGAAUCUCAGGAACUGUUACCCUUGGGCUUUUAUGUAAGUUUUACAAAACAUGAGUCCUGGCUGAAUGGGGAUUAGCAUAAGUGUGUUGCAUGUUGCCUACAUGUAUCAAUUUUGCUUUACUUGUGAGGACCAAGGGACUUCACGAGGCAGCAAAUCCUGACAUGACACACUUUGUGAGGACAGGAGGCCGGUCCUCACAAGACAAAACUAAAAAUGCAAAAAGUCUUGUAUUUUGAUUGGUUACUUAUGGUCAAGGUUAGGUUUCUAUAGGGGUUAAGGUCGUCAUUGAUGGGAUUAGGGUUAUGCCCAUAAAAAUGAAUGGAUGGAUGGUCCCUACAAAGAUAUGAAUACAAACGUGUGUGUCUGUGUGUGUGUGUGUGUCUGUGUGUGCGUACUCGCUUAAAAAUGCAUGUUUUCUUAGCUUCAGUAUUUACUGUGUGAAGAAUGUACACAAAAAUUCAUUAUAGGCUACAAAGAAGAUCCGUUCCCUAAAUCUGUCUUUAAGUCAAAUUUGUUGGUAAGUUGGAAAAAUAAUGAUAUAGUAUAUAUUUAUACAGGAAAACUAUAAGUAACUACUCGCAGUACUGUACUGUACCUCGAGCCGACAAACCACUGAAGCCUCACAAUGUUUUCGUGUGCGUCACAAAGAUGUAUUAUGCGUUUGUUAUUAUGAACCAUUCUAUUUAAACCAAUUUAGUAAGAUUUUAGACUUUAUGACAGUCCGUUCAUAAGUACAAGUUGUCCAUAAGUUGGACAUUCUUAACUGCCUGUACUGUGACGUCUGAUAAAGAGCCAAAGUGUGUCAGGGACCCCUGACAGUCACACACUGAUCAAGCGAUGGAGCUCUAUGCAGCCGCUUUAGCCUGUGUGAAACACUUUCACCACCGCAGGCUGUCAGCCUGCAAGAGUGCUGCCACCUUUGGAUCAACAUGGUUUAAAUGACAUUCCAGCCCAUAACUGUGGUAAACGAAAGGCUAAAUUCAAGAUGAGAAUGACGUUUGGGAGAUCAGUCUAUCAUUAAAUCAUGUUAAUUUCUGUUUCUUGAUUAUUGGUUCAGAAGUAGAUCUGUGUGCUUGGUGCUUUCAUUACGCAGCAGUCCAACUCAAACACGCUCAGAUUAGCCUUAGUGCUUAAAGUAUUUAUAAACGGUGUUCUUUGUUCAGGCCAAAUUCGUUUUGUACCUGUUUAUAAAAAAGAAAAGCAGUACCUCACAAAUUCCAGAAGACGCAGGUUAGAUUAGUGGCUAAUUACAAACACUUGGCAUGUGUAAGAUGCAAUGAACAUCAGGGUCAGUGUGCCUCUCCUACACUGACAGUUCUCUGGGACAAAGGCUGCUGGUAAUUUGUGACUGCAAUCCCAAAGUGCACUGGGCCAACAGGUGCUGGCAAAUUGUGUACCUUUUGGUAUAAUGUGCAUUUGUACAUAAGUGCUUUUCAUAGUUUAACACUAAUUACAAACUGAUGUGAGGAAACCUAAACGUUAUGGUGAGGUAAGAUGCUCACCUGUUUCAGGUUGAUGCUCAUAUUCUGGAUUAAUCAGAGUAAUAUCAGGAUUUAUGGGAUGACUUGCUCACUCGCUCUGCUCUGUCACGGGUUCGCUCACAAGUUCAAGCAGAUCGAGAGACACUGCUGAUUUAAUGUGUGUUUUGCUGUGCAAGCCUAUGAACAGUUUCAGAGUGCUGCAAGAUACAAUAAAAUAAAUGCAAUGUUAUGAUCUUG